AUGACCUAUCAUAACUGCGUAAAGACGCCCACCAAGAAUAACAAGGGAGAUCACGUGCGACAAGCCACACCAGAAGAUGGCCCAGCUCCAGCCACAAGCCCCACGCCACGGUACAGGCUACGCGCGCGGAAGGCUCAACCCUCGUCGACUCCAUCGCGACGCAGCAGGAGCAGGCGCGACUCACCACAAGGGCAGAUCGACGACGACGACGACGACAACCUUCUCUCGACUCCACAACCACACCAGAACAAGCAAAAUCGUUCUCACAGCAUCAACGCAAGCGUAAGCGCAAGGCGAUACCGAAACCGCACAAUGUCGAGCACGGCGGGCAAGUGGCGCGAAGAGCAGGUGCUCAUUAUCUGCCCUGGCAGUCGCACUACCAUGGCUCAACUGGGGUGCAGCGAGCUGACUCCCCCGGCGCGGCGCAUGCCUACGAGGAUGUUUAAGGACGGUGACCAGUGGGCGCCGUACCACAGAACGAAGCGCAUGACCGUGGUAAACGGUGUUGAGGAGGAGGAGUGGGUGGAAGACAUGGACGAGGAUGAGGGCGCUGUGUACCCAAUUGAAGCUGGGCGCAUCGUCAACAUGAGCGCCUUUCUUGCCUUCCUCGACCAUGUACACGGCCUUCUUACGACGACAUACCACAACACCCCCAUCAUGCUGAUGGCCUCGCCACAAUGGACGCGCCCCGACUGCGAGACCAUCGCCCGGUACAUCUUUGAGAACACGCGGACGCCUGCUCUCUGCAUAAUCCAUAGCGGCAUCGCGACUCAGUACGGCCUCAAGUGGCCCAACAUGACUGUGGUGGAUAUCGGCUACCAAAAGGUGGACGUGACAGCCAUCCACGAUGGUCGCGUCGUGAACCACAUGGAUGUUGGAGCUUCCGAGGGCGACAGCGAGAUUAGCGGAGGUGAGGUUUUCACCCGCAGCCUGCUCAAGCUGCUGGAGGAAAAGGGAUUCAACUACGACAUGGCCGAGCAGCUGAAGAAGAGCGCCAUCUGCGAGGUGCUACCUUAUGUCGCCACCGCUGAAGACCUGAUGGAGCUUCCUCAGCAAAACACUGCUGGAUUGAAGGCUGGUGGUAGUGGUUCUAGUGCUGGCCAGCAGGCGGCUUCAUCAGCGUCCAAGCCUGCAGCAGCCAACGGCGAUGAAACCAAUGGUAACGGGGAUGAUGACGGUGUGUUGGACGUGGCAGCCAUUGUCACGAGUGGCCAAACCAAGGAGUUCUUGGCCAAAAAGGAGAAGGAGAAGGAGAAGGGCAAGCCUGGUCGGAAGCCCAAGGGCGACAAGGAGGCUGAUAACGCAGCUAAGGUGGUGCGUCUACCCAACUCGAAGCGAUCGCACAAUUCCUUCUCGUACGAGGAAAUCAUCCAAGAGGAGGUGCCCAAGGAGAGUGUCGAGAAGCAGGCCAACAGUGCGACUGUUCCCGAAGGUGAGAAGAAGGAGGGCGAGACAAACGGAGCGCAACCUCAACCUCAACCUCAGGGAGAUGCCACCACUGCCGCCCCUGCGACAACAGAAGCCCCCAAACCGGCAGAAGGCCAGGAGCAGACACAGCCUUCAGUAGAGCCCAAGCCUGAAGCCAAUCCCACACCAGCCCCUCCUGCCAACGAGGUCACUGAGCGUCGACCAAAGCGCAUUCAACGAAAUGUCGAGGUCGGCCUCGAGCGGUUCAAGUUUGCUCAGCGCCGCGAGAUUGACCGCAUCGUUUACGCCAUCUACCGCACCAUCCAGGGCGUUGACGACAUGUACAUGCGACCUGCCUGCUGGGACAACCUUGUCUUUGUCGGCAACGGCUCCCGGCUGCGCGGUCUUAGAGAAAACAUCUUGCAGACUUUGCAGGCCCGCCACCUCGUCUCACCGUCCACGGCGACCAUGUUCACCUCGGAGCUGCCGUCUAACAUGGCCACACCGACUGGAACAGGGGCGCAGACGCCCACGGGAUCCUUCACCGGCAUGCCACACCAGCUCCCUACAAGUGGCGUCAACCCCCUUUUGCAGGCUGCUACGGCUGCCGCUGCGGGUGGCGCCAACAAUGCCUUGACUCCCCAGGCCGCCUCCGAGGCCGGCGGCCCUGCCACAGGACACCACUUCCACAGCCAAACUCCGACAAGCAUCAAGACGGCUACUCUGCCGUCGUAUCUUGGCGAAUGGACCAAGAACGGCUUCGAGGAGUCCAUGUUCCUCGGCGCACAGGUGGCGGCGCGUAUCGCUUUUUGCGUUCACUCCAACAUGGACGCCCAGACGGUUGAAGCCCAGCGUCUGAUGAGCCUGAGCAGAGUUGACUAUAAUGAGCUUGGCCCCAAGGGCAUCCGCACGCACUCGAUGCUAGGAUAG